AUGGUCAAUGCAUGGUUUGCUGAGAGAGUUCACACCAUCCCUGUGUGCAAGGAAGGCGUCAGAGGCCACACGGAAGCUUGCUCUUGCCCCUCGCGGCAGAGUCUCUGUGCAGAGAGCAGCGUCCCUGGAACACCAACCAGGAAAAUCUCCGCCUCCGAAUUUGAUCGGCCUCUUAGACCCAUUGUCGUCAAGGAUUCUGAGGGAACUGUGAGCUUCCUCUCUGACUCAGAAAAGAAGGAACAGAUGCCUCUAACCCCCCCAAGGUUUGAUAAUGAUGAAGGGGACCAGUGCUCAAGACUCUUGGAAUUAGUGAAAGAUAUUUCUAGUCACUUGGAUGUCACAGCCUUAUGUCACAAAAUUUUCUUGCACAUCCAUGGACUCAUCUCCACUGACCGCUAUUCCCUGUUCCUUGUCUGUGAGGACAACUCCAACGACAAGUUUCUUAUCAGCCACCUCUUUGAUGUUGCAGAAGGUUCAACACUGGAAGAAGCUUCAAAUAACUGUAUCCGCUUAGAGUGGAACAAAGGCAUCGUGGGACAUGUGGCUGCUCUUGGUGAGCCCUUGAACAUCAAAGAUGCAUAUGAGCACUGGUUUCAUGAAAAGCUACUGGUGUUCAUAGGAUUCAGUGCUGCUGAACACAAGAGAAGCCCUUCCGUUGAGGUGGACACCCACAGCCAAAAUACUACAUCCUCUGAGGGAGCCAAUCAUACCCUGCUGAUCCACAGCCCCGUAGAACUCAAAAGAGGCUGGAGGAGGCAGAAGCAGCACCUCUUCUUAUACAGCGAUUUGUUGCUUAUAUCUAAUACCAAGUAUAAAAAGAACUUGAAGGUAAAAAAUGAAAUACCACUGAGCACCAUGUGGACUGCCAACUGUACAGACAAAGUUGGUGAAGCCAACACUGGUGCCAGGAAGUCCUUUGUCCUAGGCUGGCCCACGGUGAACUUUGUGGCCACCUUCAGUUCUUCCAAACUAAAGGAAAAAUGGCACUCUUUCCUUCAAAGGUACAUCAAGUUAGCCAAAGAGAAGGACCAGCCAAAAAGCAUUCCCCUCAAAAUCUUCACUGAGGACAUCAAGAACUGUGCCUGUUCUGUAACUAUAACAGUAACAAAUUCAGACACAGUGAAUGAUGUUAUCAACAUGUCACUUUCAAAGCUAGGAAUAACUGGCUCUGAGAAAGAUUACCAGCUGUGGGCCAGUUCUGGUAAGAAAGAGGCCUCAUACCCACUCAUCGGGCAUGAAUAUCCAUAUGGAAUUAAAAUGAGCCAUCUUCCAGCUACUGUGCUCCUGCAGCAGGGAUCGGAGGACUCCACCUCUCCUUCUGCCCUCCAGGAGGCCUUCCCACUGCAGCAGGAGUCCCAAGAGAUCCAAGGCCGGUUUAUCCUGAAACCCAAGCACACAGCCAGGAACCAAGCCAGGAAUCAGCAGGGGAAAGAUGCAGGCCAAAAGACAGUCAAGAAGAGUUCUGCCAAAAACUGGGCCUUCUGGCGGAGCUUCAGGACUCGCCGGGACAGCCAGGGCCCAGCCCCACCACCCACAAAGCCAAAACAGCUCUUCGGAGUUUCUCUGGAGGAUGUGUGCGAUGAUGGCAGCCUGCCCACCCCAAUCCGAGAUAUACUUUACUUUAUCAAUCAAAAAGGGCCACUCACAGAAGGCAUCUUCAGUAAACCAGGCGGUAUAAAAUCAUGCAGAGCCCUAAAGGAGAAGAUAAACUCUGGGGACAAAGUGAACUUGGAUGAGGAAUCCGUUCUUGUGGCAGCAUCCGUCUUCAAGGAUUUUCUUCGAAAUAUCCAAGGAAGUAUAUUUUCGGCCAGUCUCUAUGAUAAAUGGCUUGGUGUUAUUGACCAGGGGAACGAGGAGGAGAAAAUAGCUGCAGCCCAGAGUCUUUUAGGCCAGCUGCCAAGAGCUAAUGUAGUUCUCUUGCAAUACCUUUUUGGAGUGUUACGCAACAUUGAGCAGAAUUCCUCAUCCAAUCAGAUGACAGCUCACAAUUUAUCAGUGUGUAUAGCCCCAAGCAUUCUUUGCCCACCUCGUUCUGGCAGCUCAGCAUUAGAAAACGACUUCAGAAAAAAGAUUUCUUUUGUACAAUUUCUCAUUGAAAACUGCCUCAAGAUAUUUGGAGAAGAUAUCACUUCCCUCUUUGAAGAGAGCUCAAUGAGUUGUGAUAGUAGUGAUAUCACUGACAGCCGUGAGAAGGCUGCAGGUACUGUGAAUAAUUUAACUGGCCUUGAUGAGAAAGACAGCAAGGCUGCCAGGGGUCACGGCAGAUCCUUAGACUGUGCUGUCCUGGAGCCUAAAGCACAUCCCAAGGGCAACGAUUUCCAUGUGCUCCAGGUCAGGUGAGGUUUCACACUGUUGUGAGAGCAAAGAAAGGAUGAGACAGAUCUAACUGCAAGAAGUUGCAAGCACAGCAUUAGGAGACAUCACGG